AUGAAAAUAAGGGGUUUAAAGCGCAAAAAAAUACGUGCACGAAGACCAAAAGUCCCCAGGAAGCAAAUCAAGCUCAAAUGGUCAAAUCGUUACUCGCGGAGCAAACAAUCCAAAACCAGACCAGUACGUAAGCCCCAGACAACAUCAGACGAUUGCAGCAGCGGUCGGGAAGCGCCAAACCACUUCUUUGAGACUGAGUGGCUCAUCGACAAUCACCGUAACCCACACGACACAUUAUAUUUAUGGGAGCUAAAGAUGUUGUUCAUGCAAUUGCACAAACAGCGUAUCCCGGAAUAUGAGUUGGUACCUUUAGCGCAUGUAUUUGCGAACAUGGUAGCUUAUGGUUGUAAAUACACACCUAAGCUCAUGGAACGGGUGAAAGAACUAGGAGAACCCGUUUAUCGCAAGCUUGAAAAGAAAAGAACCUACCGUACUCUAGCGCCCAAGGAUAUACUAUCAUAUGAUAAACAACAGGAACAGGAAGAGCUAAACUCCGAAAUACGUUUACAAUUGUCACGAUUAAGCCCCAUCUUUCCUGCUCAAUCUCUGGUUGAGAUAUUCCAAAAUAUUGUUGUAGUGAACAAUUCCUUAAAAGAAACAACCGAAUGGUUCGAACGUUUGGGUAGUGGCACCAUAUCUAUUGCUAUCAGCUCAAUAGCGUAUGGAGUGUUCGAAGUAAAAGCUUACGUAUCAAACUAUUUCAUUACCAGAGCGUCCGGUACGUAUCAAGUUGCUUACGCACAAUGUGUGGCAGAUUUAUUGGAAAUCCUGAAAAACUACUGCUAUCAGGUUAAUUACGUACAACGGUUUUCCUACCUUAAUUACAAUGUAGAAAGAUUGUUGGAUGAAUGUACCCACCAACCUGCACAGUGUUACCAGCAGUACAAUAUCGGCUAUCGUUUACUCCAAAAGCUAGGCUGGACCGGAGGAGCACUUGGAUCUAAACAGACGGGCAUCUUGGAACCGAUAAAAGUGUCUGGCAAAUUUGACCGCCGCGGACUGGGUGCUCGAGUGACGGUGAAAAAAACUCGAGUCAAAAGCGUGAUCGAAAGCGAUUGUAUUAUUGAUGAACACUUUUACCAUGUUCUUAUGGAAGCUAUACUCAUCCGCAAGCCGUACUAUGAUCUUAUAUUUUCGCCAGAAUUUACCGAAUAUGAACGCAUCCUGCUAACGAGAUUAGCAGUGGAGCGAAGACUUCGGUGUGAAACACGGCUAAGCGAAACUGGACAGGCUCAGUUCGUAAUCAAACGAUACCCACUACCACCACAUGUUGUCCUUACAUAUGUGCUGGUCUACGAUCAUCCACUCGUUUCAAAGUACUACGAGGUAAAGGCACCUAAGGUGUUGAACACUGACUAA